CCACUUCAAUGCCUCAGAUAAAAGGUGAAUGAAUAAAUAUGCUCUCCAUGGCUAAGUCUCAACCCAUCCUCCCUGAUAUAAAAGCAGUUGUUAAGCAUUUUUUGUAGCUCAUCCGAUCUGGACGAUGCUUCUACUUGUCAAAUCAGUUCAAACACAACCCUUUCGGAAUCCAGAUGGCUUCUCAAAUGCACAAGUAUUGGAUCCACUAUUCCAUAAAGGAAUCCCUAAGCUGGGUCGAGUAUCGGAAGAACGGGGCGAAUAUCCAGCUCCCGGAGACAACUAUCGUGGACUUGAAGAUGACCUGAUCGUGCAAAAUUAUCAGCUAGAAAGAGAGCUAAGCAAGACAUUUCAAUACAUGAAGCACUCUAAUGAAGAGGGUACUAGCACGUAUUCAGAUGAUUUGGAUGACGACAUCUCCGGUAGGAGUGAAGUAUCUGUUGGCUUUGGAAACAUCUAA